AUGUACGCCUUUGUGCGGUUCCUGGAGGACAACGUCUGCUACGCGCUGCCGGUGUCGUGCGUGCGCGACUUCAGCCCCCGCUCGCGGCUGGAUUUUGACAACCAGAAGGUGUACGCCGUGUACCGGGGCCCCGAGGAGCUGGGCGCCGGGCCCGAGAGCCCCCCGCGUGCCCCCCGCGACUGGGGCGCGCUGUUGCUCCACAAGGCCCAGAUCCUGGCGCUGGCAGAAGACAAAUCUGACCUUGAAAACAGUGUGAUGCAGAAGAAAAUAAAAAUCCCCAAACUUUCUCUCAAUCACAUAGAAGAAGAUGGGGAGGCUAAAGAUUACGGGGAAGAAGAUUUACAGCUUAGACACAUCAAGAGACCUGAGGGGCGGAAGCCCAGCGAAGUGGCGCACAAGAGCAUCGAGGCAGUGGUGGCCCGGCUCGAGAAGCAGAACGGCCUGAGCCUGGGCCACAGCACGUGUCCAGAAGAGGUCUUCGUGGAGGCCUCGCCAGGCACAGAGGACAUGGACAGUCUGGAGGACGCCGCCGUGCCCCGGGCUCUGUACGAGGAGCUGCUGCGCAACUACCAGCAGCAGCAGGAGGAGAUGCGGCACCUCCAGCAGGAGCUGGAGCGGACUCGGAGGCAGCUGGUCCAGCAGGCCAAGAAGCUCAAGGAGUACGGGGCGCUUGUGUCGGAAAUGAAGGAGCUCCGCGACCUCAACCGGAGGCUCCAGGACGUGCUGCUCCUGCGGCUCGGCAGCGGUCCCGCCAUUGACUUGGAAAAAGUAAAGUCAGAAUGUCUCGAGCCCGAGCCGGAGUUACGGAGCACUUUCAGUGAGGAAGCAAAUACGUCGUCCUAUUACCCUGCUCCUGCGCCUGUCAUGGACAAGUAUAUCCUAGACAAUGGCAAGGUCCAUCUGGGAAGUGGGAUUUGGGUUGAUGAGGAGAAAUGGCACCAGCUACAAGUAACCCAAGGAGACUCCAAGUACACGAAGAACCUGGCAGUCAUGAUUUGGGGAACAGAUGUUCUGAAGAACAGAAGCGUCACAGGAGUCGCCACGAAAAAAAAGAAGGACGCAGUCCCUAAGCCGCCCCUGUCUCCUCACAAACUAAGCAUCGUCAGAGAGUGUUUGUAUGACAGAAUAGCACAAGAAACUGUGGAUGAAACUGAAAUUGCACAGAGACUCUCCAAAGUCAACAAGUACAUCUGUGAAAAAAUCAUGGAUAUCAAUAAAUCCUGUAAGAAUGAAGAACGAAGGGAAGCAAAAUUCAAUUUGCAAUAA